CCGAGACCCACCCGCCCACGCGUCUCCGCCUCUCCGGUGCGUGCGGGAGCCACCUUCCCAUCUCUCCCCUCCACCCGCCUCUCCCUCGCGGAGCCGAAACCCUAGCUGGCUAGGGUUUUGCUUUGCCCGCCGCCGCCGUCGAUCCAGCGUCGGCCGCCUUCCCCGAGCUCGCCCGCCAUGGACCCCGGCCGCAAGCGGGCCGCGCCAGAGGGCGCCAACGGCUCCGGCGGCGCCAAGCGCGCGAGAGAACUGGAGACAUCUCAAAUGGGCGUAGGAAGCAAAUCGAAGCCGUGCACCAAAUUUUUCAGCACUGCUGGUUGUCCCUUUGGUACAAGUUGCCAUUUUCUCCAUAACUUCCCAGGUGGUUACCAGGCUGUUGCAAGGAUGACCAACUUGGGUGGACCGACUGUUCUGGCUCCUCAGGGAAGAAUGCCUAUGGGAUCUGGUGUUCCUGAUGGGCCACCUACACCCACUUUGAAAACUCGCAUGUGUAAUAAGUACAACACUGCAGAAGGAUGUAAAUGGGGGAGCAAAUGUCACUUUGCUCAUGGAGAGAGGGAGCUUGGAAAGCCCAUGCAGCUGGACAACUCAAUGGGAGGACCUCCAAUGGGGCCAGGUCCCAACGGUCACUUUCUACCCCCACCAAUGCCUGUCCCAGACAUGGUUCCUCCCUCAACAUUCGGAGCUUCAGCCACAGCCAAGAUCAGUGUCGAUGCAUCCCUUGCUGGCGCCAUCAUUGGGAAGGGUGGUACCAACACAAAGCAUAUAUCCCGCAUGACUGGGGCCAAGUUAGCUAUCCGGGACAAUGAGGCUGAUCCCAACCUUAAAAACAUCGAGCUUGAGGGAUCAUUUGACCAGAUCAAGCAUGCUAGUGCAAUGGUCACGGAUCUAAUUGUCCGCAUUGGUGGUCAGGCCCCUCCACAAGCCAAGAACCCUGGCAGGGGAUCUCAUGCUGGGGGGCCUGGAAGCAACUUCAAGACCAAGCUGUGUGAGAACUUCAACAAAGGCUCCUGCACGUUUGGAGACAGGUGCCACUUCGCCCAUGGUGAAAGUGAGCUGCGCAAACCUGCUGCUGCUUGAUGGGUGCUUGUUGUAGCCUGUGGUGGUUUCUCUGCCUGUAUGGCUGAAUAACACUGGAAUUGAGGACAAUCACCUGUGGGGAAAUGAAACUUGUGCAAAUCUGAUGCUGCCUGGGAGAUACUUUUCGUGGCUUGUAUUGAUGCUGCAUUAGUCUGCGAUAGAGAUUCACAAUGACCGUGCCAUGAGAUUUAUAGGACUACUGUAUGUGUCUCUCUUUUCUUCUCAGUUUUGCAUCCUAUUUUGUACCGUUCCUUAGGCACUUUUUGCUGACUGAUUGUUGUGAUCCUGUUGACUUGAGAAUGUAUGCUCUUUGGUACAAUCAGUUUGUGAAUUCUUAAUAAUAGCUCGUUUGAAGUGGA